GGUAGCACUAGCCGUAACCCCGCCACAUACAAGCCGCAGGCAGCAAAACGUGCUGGCUAAUUUCUUGUUGUUGCCGCCGGUCGUCUCCUUGAGUCUGCAACGAUGCCCAACAUUUAUAGGCUAGCAGGCGUGUCUGCAGUAGCGUUGGCGGUGAUAAUUCUCUUCUUCACCAACACGGUCGACGUCAAGUACCAAUGGAACCGUUUCGCUCAGAGCCGAACCGGGACCUCGCCCAGCGGUUCGGUAGCCGGCGGUAUGCCCCUGCGCAUCAUGUUCAUGGGGGCGUCGGUUACGCGGGGUGAGGUCUCGACCGGCGACAGAGGGUAUAGGAAAUACAUCCGCGACAACCUCACGGCGCUGGGCAACCCGGUUAACUGUGUAGGCUUCAACCGCUUCGGUGACUUCGCCGACAACGACGUCGAGGGCUACGGCGCAAACCGAAUCCGACAGCUCCGGGCACACGCCGCGCAGGCCGUGCCGUACCUGCAGCCGAACCUGGUCCUGAUCCAAGUCGGCACCAGCGACUGCUUUCAGAAGGACGACCCGAUCAACAUCCUGGCGCGGAUGCGCGACCUGGUCGAGUACCUGCUGGAGGCGUCCCCGCGAGCGACGGUCAUCAUGUCGACCGUCCUGACGACGCCCAAUCUCGAGUUCGAGCCCUGCAUGCGGAGCGCGAACGCGCAGAUCCGGCAGGCGGCGACGGAUCUGAUGCGCGAGAAGAAGCCGGUCGCGCUGGCGGAGAUGCACUUCGACCAAGGCCUCCCGCGCCGGCCGCGACCGGAGGACAUCGGAAACGACCGAAUCCACCCUACCGACGAGGGCUACUUCAUGAUGGGAGACAUCUUCCUGGAAAAGAUCCGCGAGGUAGAACAGAAAGGCUUCCUCCAGUACCCGGCGGAUAACGGCAUCGCCGACGACGGCGAGGCGAGCCGGGAGGUCGAAGACCAGUUGAAGGAGAAGGCAAAGAAAGAACACCCCCUGAAGGCAUAGCGUCAUCGGGGCCACGCGCGGGUAGGGAGGAGGGCUACGGAGGCGAAAUCAGUCGAGACACCUGGGAGGUCUAAGGAUGCGAGGUCAUGUGUCCUCGACCCCGCGGCCAACCUACGGCAGGAAAGUGCCUGCUGGCGCCAUACGGUGCUGGGGCCCCGGGCGACGACAUACUGCGUAUGGAGACGACCCCUGGCGACGGUCCCAUGGCGUGCGGGAGGGUCGCGUGUCGACGUCUAUCUGCCUACCACGUUCGCAGCAAUGCACCGUGGGG